GUCGCGCUGGCCGCGUCGUACACACGCCCCGCGCCGUCACCAAGUGCCCAGCCCGCCAGCCCGCCCCGCCGCGAACCGCGCCCUCCGCCACCAUGUCGACAGAAGACAGCCAGGACGUCAUCAAGGCCCUCAAGGCGCAGCAGCAGGUGAACGGCACCGAGUCGCCGGCCGCCGCCAACGGGAACGGCGUGCACCACGAGGACGGCGACGAGGCCGACGGCUGCGGCUCGAGCAAGACCAGGCAGGAGGAGAAGCAGGCCAUCGUGGAGCUGAAGGAGGCUGUCCUGGCGGACGAGUCCUUCUCCUCCAACAACGAGGCCCUCGCCAAGAAGGUUGAGGCGGCAGUGACGGCGCUGGACGAGGCCGUGUCCGCGGCGGAGCAGGCCGACACCAAGGAGAGGGAGGCCGUCUCGGCGCUCGACGACGCCCUCCUGUCCAAUGGAGUCACCCCUGAGAAGAUAGAGGAGGCCGUCUCGGCGGUGCAUGAGGCCGCCGCCAAAGACCAGCAGGCCGAGUCGGCGCUGGACGAGGCCGUGUUGGUGGUGGGGGAGGCCGUCAUCAAGAACCUGGACAAAGCCGUGUCGGCGGUGGACGGUGUGGCGGCCUCGGCCCCGGCCGCAGAGACCCCCAAGCCAGAGCCCGUCGCAUCCGCCCCCGCCCCCGUCGUGGAGGUGACCCCUGCCCCCCAGCAGGAAGAGGAGGAGGACGAGGAAGUCGCGCCCGUGGAGAAGGAAGCCCCGAAGAAGGCCUCCGCGGCCCCUGAGCCAACUCCCGAGGCCGCCCCCGCGAAGGCCAGCCCCGCCGAGUCACAGUCCAGCUUCAGCGAGGUCAUCCCGGCGAUGCAGGGCGUGCGGCAAGAGUGGUUCAAGAACCGGCAGUCCAGCGAGGAGAGGCGCCGGGAGGUGGAGGCGGAGUCCAGGCCGACCGUCAACAAGGCGGCGCUGAGCACGAGCAUCGACGAGAGUUCCGUGCGGGCGGCGUACGAGGACGUCCGGUCCGACACCACCGACACCGAGUGGGCCGUCUUCAAGUUCCAGGACCAGAAGAUCGUGUGCUCGGCGACGGGCGAGGGCUUCGACUCCUUCCGCGGCCACUUCGCCGACAACGAGCGCGUGUUCGGCUUCAUCCGGAUCCAGAUGGGCGACGAGAUGAGCAAGCGCCAGAAGUUCGUGUUCCUGACGUGGGUCGGGCCCAGGGUCAGCGUCAUCCGCAGGGCCAAGAUGAGCAUCGACAAGGCCAUGGUCAAGAACAUAGUCAAGAACUUCGCCGUGGAGCUGCAGGUGGAGUCCCAGUCCGAGAUCAACGUGGAGUACCUGCGCGACCAGCUGGCGCGGGUCGGCGGCGCCAACUACGGCACCGGCUUCAGAGACUAGACGACCGGACGGCGGAGGACGAGCAGUCGGGGGCGGCGGGGGGUGGCGGGGGGCGGCGGGGGCACAGCACCUUAUUUAUACCUCACCACAACUGCAGACGUUUGCCCCCCACGGCCUCCGCCAAGAGUUGCUCAAUCGCACCCCUCGGCGCCGGAGGGAUGUUAGUGCCCGUGUCCGUGUGUGUGAGUGUGUGUGUGCUUGUGUGUGUGUGAGAGAGUGAGUGAGAGGGGAAGCGUCUAUGUGUGUGUGAAUGUAAGUUAGCGUGUUUGCGAAUGAAUCAGUGUGCGAUUGUGCACGGCGCACGAGGCAGUAUGACUCAGGCGGGCUUUGAGAUUGUGAUAGCUUCAUCAUUCAGAGAAAAGAGAAGAAAAAAACUCCGCAUUGAAAAGCGAAUGGCACAUUCAAAACAAAAUGAAUGUAUUUUUCUUUUUUAACAAAAAUGAAAUGUAAAUAAUAUACGAGACCGUCGAAUAAAAUGUACCUUCAGAGAC